AUGAGCGAGAGAUCUUCAUCGAAAGGCCAUCAGUCAGUUUACGAUAAAGCUCUAGCGAUUUUUCAAGAGCGGAUAAAGAAACUUAAAGUCGUCGAACAAGAAAUAGAAAAGGAAAGAGUUCAAACUAACAUUGAUUACAAAUUUGAAGAGAGAAAAAUCAAAGAAGACCUGAUAAACAUGUGCAGAGAUAGAAAGCGUUUUGCCAGGGAAGCAAAAUCUCGAGAACUUCCACCACUGGACAAAGAGAAAGUCUACCAAGGAUGGACAGUAAAAGAGAAGCAAAGGCGUUUACGGUCUUUAAGAAUAGAACGAAGCCAUGAAUCAUUCCCAGCUAUCACAUGUACUGGUCCGAACAUACCAAAAAUAAUGAAGCGCUCAAUCUCCAAAGAGUCUCAAUUUCACAACUGGCUCAUUGGCUUUCCAAAGAUAAUAAAAGUCACUUCUACAAAACGCACUUCCCGAAACCCAAAACAAAUGAAAGCAAUCUUAGGAAAAGGUGUCGCUAAUACUAACGACACCAAGGCAAUGAAACGGCAUUCAAAAGUGACGAACAUCGUUUUUAAUGUGCCGUUAACUCUUAAGGACGCUAAAGCUGCAGCAGAAACUCAGUUCGAAGUCACAUCGCAUAGAGAGAGAAAGAGAGCCAUUGAAAUGACAGCCAAGUCUCAGAGCCGCGGGGCAAGAGGAAGCCGCUUUCCAAAAUUAAAAGGAGUUUUGGAAAAUAAUUAG